AUGACCGACGCCGUCCUCUCUGCCAGUGGCGGCCGGCCGGCGCCCUUCUCUGCCACCUCUGGGCGGCGGGCGGGCGGCGGGGGCCCUUUCCCGGAGUCCCCGCCCCCCGACCCGGAGCUCCCGGGCGGAGGAGAGCCGCUGGACGGCAGGUGGCGGCCGAGGGAGGCCCCGCAGCCGGGGGCUGACCGCCCCGACGGGGAAGGGGCAGUGGAAGGGGACGCGCCGCCGCUUCCUCCCGCAGGGGCGAGCCAAGGCUGCGACGGCGCGGCGGGGGGCCGGAGCCAGGACCCAAGCGGCGGCGUCGAAAGGGGUCCCCCGGAGGACGCGCCCUGCCCGGGCUCCGUCGGGGGUCCGUGGGGCCCGCGGUGGCGCCCGGCGUCGGGCGGGGAGGAGGAGCAGCCGCCGCGGCAGGUGGGCAAGAAGAAGCACCGCCGCCGGCCGUCGAAGAAGAAGCGCCACUGGAAGCCCUACUACAAGCUGAGCUGGGAGGAGAAGCAGCGGUUCGACGAGAAGCAGAGCCAGCGGGCCUCCCGCCUCCGCGCCGAGAUGUUCGCCAAGGGCCAGCCGGUGGCGCCCUACAACACCACCCAGUUCCUCAUGGAGGACCACGACCAGGAGGAGCCCGACCUCAAGACGGCCGCGCCCCCCGGCCCCAGGCGCGCCGCCCAUGCCCAUGCCGCCGCCCCCAAGUCCGACGACAACCCCUCCAGCGGCGCCGAGGAGGACGGCUUCUUCGCCGAGGAGGAGGAGGAGUUGGCGGCCCUGGACGGCAGCGACGGGAUGGGCGGCGAGGGCAGCGAGUUCCUCCAGAAGGACUUCUCCGAGACCUACGAGCGCUACCACGUGGAGAGCCUGCAGAACAUGAGCAAGCAGGAGCUGGUCCGCGAGUACCUGGAGCUGGAGAAGUGCCUCUCCCGCAUGGAGGAGGAGAACAACCGCCUCCGCCUGGAGAACAAGCGCCUCGGGGGCGGCGGCGGCGGCGAGGACCUCCGCCUCCGGCCGCUGGAGCAGGAGCUGGACAGGCUGCGGGCCGAGAAGGGCCAGCUCGACGGCAGGCAGCAGGGGAAGCCGCCCCCCGAGGUGGCGGCCGGAGAGUGAAGCCCGAUUGGGGAGGGGGGCUUCCCCCCAAGACCCCCGGGGGGGCGGGCAAGGUCCCGAUUGCGGGUCUGUAAAUAUACAGAGAACAAUGGACCUCCUUUUUUUCUUUUCCUUUUUUGGUGAUUUAAUCAGAAUAAAAUCAAAACCUUGUAUUGUUUUGGGAUGUAUAGCUAUAACAUAGCGUGUGCUUUUUCCCCUUUUUCUUUUUUUCUUAAUGAUGUGUAAUCAGGGCAGUCUUUGGAGUGGGACACUGCUUUUCUUUCCUAAGGAGACCUUUGGUGUUCAAGGGGAGGGUUUUCGGUACUUUCUGACCUGUUGGAACUUGCGCUUUGUGUUUCUUCUGAAC